CUCCUUUUACGAAGGGCCCUCGUUUUUUUUUUGUCUUUCGAUCUCUCUCUCGGGUGUGCUUUUGGGUGCUUUUGACUGCCAGCCAACUCAUGGUCCGUAGCCUCUUGUUGCUUCUUGUAGAGUAGCAGACAACUUACCAGCAGGGGCGCGCGCGAAUUCCUACCGUUGCCAAGAGUUUGACGGAGUUUCUGUUUGUCAGUGAUUAUCGCUACCGCUGCUGCCGUGGAUGCUCUUUAGUGUUCGACGCAUUCUUCCACAUCGCCGCGAAGUGUUUGCCAAUCGGAUUCUUAUCAAAUUGAUUUUAUCAAAUUGCCAUCAUCUCAUUGGACGGAUUACGGCUAUGAACGCCAACAAGUGCGGUAUUGUGCAACCACAGAAUAGCACAUCCUGAAGCAUCUACAACUGCAUUGCGCAAACAAGAAACCUUCAGUUGGAGGGAAUUAAGUGAAAUAGACGAAUCGUGACUGAACCAAAUCAAAACUGUAGAACUGACUCGUGAAGUGUUUGUUCCAAAAGUGACACGUAAUUAUAAACGAACUCGACCGUAGCUAGAUCAAAUUACCCUCUAUUACCAUAAUACCUAAAUUGUUUCUACAACAUCCUGCUGGCAGAAAACUCAUUACAAACAAAUCUAGUGCAUAUACCACGUUCGGAAACUCGAAGAGCGUCGCCGCCGAAGCAAACCGUGUGAUAACUUCGUAGUUCCAUUUCGCAAUCCCUCGAAGCAAACUGCCUUACAGUCACCGGAACUCUCCUCUCAAAAUUAGCUAAAUAAUAUCAUAUCUGCAUAGUCUGUACAGUGUGACCAUCUGUAAAUCCGAUAUUAGUUCAAUUAGCUUUUUUACUACCAAAUCGAAAAAUUAGAAAGAGAAAAAAGUUUGUGAUACUUCAAUGUGCCUUUUGAAAGUAAUCCCGUGAAUGUUUUUGUUUCGUUUCUUCGCUUAAAAAUCGGAGAUUUUCACGCGUCCAGAAGAAAACCAAUCUGCAGUGUCUAGCCCUUGAACGGUCCGAAUCACAUAUCAAAUCAAACCAGCGAUCCGUGACCCGCGAGCAAUACGCGAAGAAACCCGGCUAGCAGUGAACUUCCGAGAAACGUUGCGACGGGGUAUUGUACCACGAAGUGAACCGUGAAGGCGUGCGUGGUGUGUGGAUAACUGGUCAAUCUCGUAAAGUGAGUCCGUGGCUCACCGGAAGGGUGUGUAAUUGUUGUGUUAUUUGAAGUUCUUCUCCGAUACCACCGGUGUGUCAAAUUUAGUGUUCGGAAAAGACGAAAACCAUCCGUUUCAAUUCCCGGAAGAAACUGUACUGGGGCUGACACUCUCGGCCGGUAUUGGAAACUGGAACGAGGCGGAUAAUCCUGCGACAUGAUUAUGGUAAGACGGCAAUGAAAGCUUAAUUUUCGCACCUUCCGUUCAACCUUCAGACGCAGAUUUUCUAUCCUGCAACUGAGGCACUGCUGCUGGCCAUCAGACCGACGGGCGAUGCUUCUUAUGCUGCGUACCGAGCGGAUAUCGCCAAGUACAUAAUAGCGGGUAGCUCUCGCAAAUGAUAAUCACUGUAAUCUUCCAUUGCGGUGGGAUUAAAUAUCGGCACUAACACCGAAGAGUGUGACCAGACAGAACCGACGGAGAACGCGUGCUCUUGGAAACAGCAAGGAAAAAAGGUUGGAACAGUGGAUAAAAAAUAGCAAAUCGAAAACAAAUGCAACCGAACUCGCAAAAAGCAUAACAAGCCCCAGAGAGUGGGCGCUGAAAAGAGACCUCGAAAAACGCGAGAGUACCACAACAUAAAACGAAACAUAGCCAACGAGCAUUAUUGCCGCCUCACACAACGAACAAAGCAUAAGUAAGGAACGCGAGAGCGAGAGCAAAACGCCGGUCGUCGUGAAACUUUAACGAAACGGUCCUAAAGUGGCCAAAGCAAACUCACGGUACAGCGGCGGUGGAGGCACCGUCGGAAGCACCGGCGGUAUGACGUUUCGUUGUGUUCCUUCAUACGAUGCCAGCGCUCAAUGGACACUCACACCGUCCCUUCAAUCGCAGCUGGAGCGGCUUACUAGUCAUGGCGGCAUAGGACUCUCAGGUGGCAGUCCAGCAUAUACCACACACGCCGGGAGCCACACGGGCCGCAACGGCCCAACCAGUGGACACGGCGGCAGUCACGGUAGCUCACACGGACCCGGACCCACGAUGCACCACCAGACGCUACAGUCCGACUUCCAACCGCCGUACUUCCCGCCUCCGUUCCACCACGCCACCCAGAGCCCCCCGCAGCAGCAGAACCAUGGCCUGGAUUACCUUAGUACGGAUCCGUACGGACAACCGCUAUCCUCGCUACAUCACGCUCCCCUGCAUCACUACAACCAGCUGGCUGGUUUGAGACCCUCGCAAGAACAAUUGGGACUGCACCGAUCGCAUCGAGAAUCCGAACUGCAGCAGCACGUGACGCAACUCUCGCAUGGUUUCCCGUACACGGACCGGCGGAGCGAUUACAGUGGAUCGAUUGGCAGCGGAGCGGGAGCCACCCGAUUAGGAGCGCACGAGCAUGACCCACUGUCGCUGCACCAGGCCCUGCAGAGUGCCGUGGACGACGGUCAGAAUCCGGUGAUAGACGAAAAUGCUGGAUUUAUGAGCGAUCUGCCGCUGCUGAAAAACUUUCCCAUAACCGACAUCAAAAAAGACAGCAGCCAGAUGAAUAUGGGUUCCCCAUCGGAUGUGUUCUGCUCCGUUCCCGGUCGACUCAGCCUCCUCUCCAGCACCUCCAAAUACAAAGUCACGGUAGCGGAAGUGCAGCGGCGCCUGUCGCCACCCGAGUGUCUCAAUGCGUCACUUCUCGGCGGUGUUCUUAGACGGGCAAAGAGUAAAAACGGCGGCCGGUUACUAAGGGAAAAGUUGGAGAAAAUCGGCUUGAACUUACCGGCCGGUCGACGCAAGGCGGCAAAUGUCACUCUGCUCACGUCGUUGGUGGAAGGUGAGGCAAUUCACCUGGCGCGUGACUUUGGCUACGUCUGCGAGACAGAAUUCCCUGCCCGGCAAGUUGCAGAAUACCUCUCACGGCAAUACUCGGAACCGCAGGAGUCUUACCGGCGGAAAGAACUUCUGCUAAACACUAAACAAAUUACAAAAGAACUAAUGGACCUGCUUAAUCAGGAUCGAUCUCCUCUGUGCAACACUAGACCCCAACACAUUCUGGACCCAUCAAUACAGCGACACCUGACGCACUUUUCGCUCAUCUCGCAUGGGUUCGGAUCGCCCGCAAUUGUGGCAGCACUUACCGCCAUUCAAAACUUCCUCAACGAGUCCAUCAAACAUCUGGACAAGAUGUACCCCGGUAACGGUGGCAGCAUGGUGACGUCAUCCCUCGACAAGAGCAAAAUGGACAACGAUAAGAAAUGACAGUUAUAAAAUUAUCUGUUCACCAAAAUCGAACGCUUCUAGCCGGACUUGAUGCGGUCGGUUCGGAAGCGAAAACUGCCGAACCGAAACCGAUGGGUGGCGCCAUCUGAAACUGUAUCAUAGCAAAAGAAAACACUAGAAACCACAAUGUGAUGUAUAGAAAGGAAAACGACCGUAACAUUAAGUGAAUAUAAAAUGCAAAAGGUUACACUAUGAGAUUUCAACACUAGAUUGAUUAUAAUUAAAUUAUUAUUGGUCACCACUUGCAAGCAACGUAAACAUUUGAAAAUCUGCACGUUUUAUCUCUCGGUGUUCUCAAUAUAUUUAACUGUAAUCAAUUGAAAACGCAUAACCGUAAAAUAAAGUAUUGUUUAAUAUUUUAUAAUCCUUUUUGUGAUAGCCUAUUGUUUAAUAGUAUUAGAAGCUAGGAGCCUGUACAUUCCCAUUUUUAUUUGAUAAAUCAAUGGCCAUUGAUACUUGUUUCAUCUGCAAUUCCAUGUUUAGCUAAAAUGUGCAACAGUUGGGCGCCAACUCUCAACUGGGAAUGCAAAGCAAAGAUGACUGACAAGAGCACCUAUUAAACGAAUUUUAUUUAUUGUUUAUUUUUAAGAUUUAAAAAACAAAGCAACCAUUUCGACAAAAAAAGCCAAUGAGGCUUACAAUGUACUUGUGAAGUCAUGUGCCAAAACAAAACUUUUACCAAUUCUUCGACUACAAACACCAUUCCCCAGCGCCAUAAUCUCCAUGUGCCAACUUGAAUACUCCUGCUCAAAAACAGCCCCACUUUCGACCAAUUUUCUAUUUCCCUCUCCCUUACUAGUGCCAUGAUUCCAUAAACACUAUUUAUCAUCGCGUCAGCCAUACUUGUUAUCCCUUAACAAUCCACAUUGUAAAACAAAAGAGGCAAACCAUAUCAUUCCUAUUAUGCGCGAAAUCCACACAUAAUCGAGACGAAACGUCAUCCAUGCCAUAAAAUAUUCAUAGCACACGUGUGUGACAGCAAGCAAAAGCUCAAAACAUUUUUAUUGCCAACAGAAUGUUUCAGAUUUUUCCACUCUUCCAGUUGUUGUCAAAGAGGUAAUCUGUAUGAACGGAAAUUAUCUUUCGUGGAAAUUAUUGUAACUAAAAAAAGUUCAACUUUCACUUUGUGGAAGUUCACAUAUAUAUGUACAAAAUCAAUCGACUAGCAAAAGGAGAACUAUUAUUACAUACUUUUUCGAAAAAAGGAAAAACAAUUAAAUUAAGCAUAAUAAGCUAAAAGAUGUAAAAUUGAAUAUCGAAAUUGCCCGCAUUUUGAAUACCAUCAUCAACCCAUUCAAACACUCCAUCGCAUAUCGUACUCUCACAAAUUUGAAAGAAAAAAAAUCAAGCUUGUAAUAGACAAACAAUGUGAAGCAGUUCGCAAGAAAUCAUUGUAAAUUUAAGCUAGUUUUGAUUGCAGUAAAAAAAAUGUCCGUACGCAUCGCAGCCAAAACACGACACAAAGCAAUGUCCAAGACAUUCGUUCGAAAUAGAAACCCGUCAGUUGCAGUUAUUUGCAAACAAAAAAAAAAUGGUAAUAAAUGCACAAAAAGAAAUACAAGCUCUAAAAAUUCACACAACUUCACCCACAGAUAAGUGAACAGAGGUACCAGAAUCGUACACACGCAAACAACCUAUAGGCAAAUUAGGAGUUCGAGAUACAAUGCAAACAGAAGACGAAAACACAAAGUUGUACAUGAACAAAAUGGUAUAAGAGCAAAUUUCAGAAGUAUUAUAAAUUCAAAUUUAAUGAAAAUAUAUAUAUUUUAAAACUCA